AUGCAACCUAAAGAUGACGAUUUUCUCAUGGUAUGUCCUAUCAUUACCGUCCAGGAGGGAGACAUUCUUGGGGUAUUUGCUGGAGAAGUACGGUACUCCUCUGAUUGCAACCCUGUCUACGGUAUACCUGGUCCUGAAGAAAAUCUUUGGUUGGACUAUUCCAUGGUGACGGGAGCACUCAACUUUAUGAAGGUAUCAGCCCCUGGAGGUGACUCUAACGUUCGUCUUCAGUGGGAUCUCAUCGAUGAACACAACGAAGGAAAGGUACAUCUCAUGUGGAGAGUCUCGGUUAUUGCUUCUCGUGCAAUCCAGCCAUUUGAAGAAUUUAUUCGCGUUGCUCCUCACAAAGUACAAUAUCUUCUGCAUCAGAAGCGAGCAUGCGCCAGGCGAGGAUAUACAAAGACUCGAAAUUCCUGA